AUGCCUGAGGCCGAUUCAACACCCUGCACAGCAUGUGGCUGGACCCAAGAGCGCCAAAACCAUGGCGGAUACAAGAGCCACGUCAAAAUCAUCCACGACGCGGGCAAUCGCGCCCCCUGGGCUCUGGGCUCAGUACUCAUUUUGAAAGAUCGAGGCCCUGGUUCCCCAACUUACGAAGUCCGCAACCUCCAAUUCGUCCGCGACAACACAACCAUUCCCGCCCCUGUCCUUGUUGAUACCUGGGAAGAAGAAGAAUACGAUGAUGACAAGGGGGAAGAAAGACGAGGAAAUAUCCCUCGCACCUUCUUGUUGACGAGACGAAUCCCUGGCGAAACACUCCACGAGGCGUGGCCGAAGCUCACUGCGGCCGAGAAAGCAAAUAUAGCGAGACAGACGGCGGAGUUCCUGCAGCAACUGAGGGGGUUGACAUCGCCAAAAUUAGAGGCAAUUGGUGGGGACCCGAUCCAAAGCCACUUUUUAUUCAUGCAGAAUAAAGAGCAGGGGAGGACCUCGGAUGUGCUUUGGCCGCAGGGCCCAUUAGGCUCAGACGACGAGCUUUGGGCAGCGAUGUCGCAGUGCUUGUUGCUGGGUGUCCCUGAGGCAGCGAGGGUACGACUUCGGAAUCGAUUACCGGCUGCGGGGCCGUAUACGUUUACGCAUGGGGACUUGACGGACGUCAAUAUUAUGGUUAAGGAUGGUUCUAUUACGGGUAUUAUUGACUGGGAGAGGGCUGGGUUCUUCCCAGUUUGGUGGGAGUACGUGGGUACUGUGAUUGGGGAUAGUCCGGAGGAUAGAGAGUGGAAGACCUUGCUGCGGGAAUAUAUGCCUGAAUAUAGCGCUGCUUUGGAGUGGUGGAAGGAUUACUAUUUCUUGUGUAGGGAUUUGGAAAAUGAAAGGGCGAGCAGAUUUCUCGAAGAAACUGAGACUGAGAGUCGCUAG